AUGGACUUCAUUCUCCAAGCAUGGGACCCUGGCUCUGCGAGAUCCGUCGCCAGGAAAGCCGGGUACUGUAAGGCUUGCGUUGGCAUGAUAUGCACUCCCGAGGGCCUCAGAUCCUUGGGAACUUUACCCGGUUAUCGUCAUUCCAAUAUGCACCAGCUCCUAGAAAGCAUCAAUCAGGGGUGCCGGCUGUGCGAGAUCAUUCUUCGCAGCGGGUGGGAGCAUCCCCGACACAAGUUGGGCGUUGACAAGCAGGUCCAAUACUCUGAAAAGCAGAAAGAUAGAUACAUCUGGUUUGUCUCGCGGGGAUCUAGGCAGAGCCCUCCGCCUGGCUUUACACGGUAUACCACCAAAGAUUGGGAGAAACGUCUACGCGAUAGUUUGGGCGACAGGGUGUGGCUAGAUGGCGGGUAUGUUGAUCACGAGAAGCCGCCAAAAGCCCCGGAAGAACGAUGGUCAUGGGACAGCCAGAUAUCUAUCGCAAUAAUGGCCUCUUUUGACGAUCCUGCAUCAAAGUACUUCUUUAAUCGAACUACGCAUACCAACUUCCUCGACGGCGACAUUAUGCAACAAGCAAAGACAUGGCUUGAUGAUUGUGUAGGAGGACGUCAUGAGAGAUGCCUUCCUCCUGAGAAAUCUCAGCUUCCUACCCGUGUUCUGGACGUUGAGCCCAGCCUUGGUCCUAUUAUCCGUUUGCAAGAUCAGACGGCCAGCAGAUUUGAGAGGUACGCAGUACUGAGUUACUGCUGGGGCGGGCCUCAGCCUCUAACCGCCACCAAGAGCAACGUUCAGACCCUGAUGUCUGGAGUUGAGAUUGAUAAGCUCCCACAGACCCUCAAAGACGCUGUCUACGUCACACGGAGACUUGGAAUUCGAUACCUCUGGAUUGAUGCUCUCUGCAUCAUCCAAGAUAGCCCAGAAGAUAAACUAUCCGAGAUUGGUAAAAUGGGCACAGUCUACCGGAAUGCCGUCGUCACCAUCGCAUCUGCACAUGCCCGAAAGGCUUCAGACGGUUUCCUCAAAAUUGCCAGGGAUAAUACACUGGAACACUCAUGUACAAUGCCAAUCUACCUCCCGAAGCAGCCUCGAGUUGGUACAGUGAUUCUGGCGGCGGAGGGUAUCCCGGCUGAUACACACCCAUUGCCCUUACGGACUCGUGGCUGGGCUUUUCAAGAAGCAGUUCUCUCCCGACGCAUCCUGAUCUUUUCAGAUUACGACUUGCAUUGCCACUGCAAGCCCCAGCACGAAAUGUUCCUCAACCUCGGCAACCUCAAGCGAGAGAAGAGCCCGAAGCUGUUCUCGUUUGGAACCAAGCUUUUCGACGAGUUUGAAACUUACCACAAAAGCGGCGGAGACGGCUGGAUGUCGCCAGUAUUCCUUGGUGGAAUGUGGAGCGGCAUGCUCUUCGAGUUUACUACGCGGUCGCUCACUGUGGCUGAUGAUCGACUUCAUGCUGUGCAGGGCAUAGCGAACGAACUACUGCAGUCGAAGCACUUGUCAACCGCUAUGGACAGGACAUAUAUUGCGGGCACAUGGAUGGCUUGUCUCCCAUUACAGCUUCUCUGGUCACGAUCCCAAGCCGGCCCUUCCCAGCCUGUCACGAGUAGAUCCAAAAGAGCCCCAACAUGGUCUUGGGGUUGUCUGGACUACCAUAUCAAUUUUUAUUCCUAUGGAAUAUCCUCCGUGCGACCAUAUAAAGGCUUCUCGCUUUUGCACGUCUCUUCUGAGCCAGAUGAAGUGUAUCUGGAGGCCGAGUGCGAUAUCGUCUGUCGCAGUUUAGACCAAUUUCGCCACGACUCGUCAAAAGGCCAGGGCAUCCGGAUCACCCUUGACCUAGAUGUAGAUGAGCUUCCCACCACGGCUACAUGUGUCUACUAUAUACUUCUAGACAAAACUAUUGACAUAACGGGUAGGAAGAAGAGCGAUCCACUCCGGCUGUACUAUGUUGAGGGUAUCGCUACCUACGAGAAUGACCAAGGGGCUUUUCAACGGCUGGGCUUUUUCAGAUGGAAUGUGAACCAGCCUGCUGAGGAUGAAUACAUCUUUGGUCAACGGAGACGGGUCAAGUUGGUGUAG